GAGGCUGACCCGGAAGCCCCGUUGGCCCUGUCAUUCCGUUGUUACAGGGAUGCUUCGUCCUAUGAUUUUAUAUCUUGAGCGGUCACACUUAUUUGGGAGCUGGUGUUUCAUAUUUAUGGAACACCAACAUGCUAUAAAUGUGUGAUAUUUUUUAACCAUAGACACGGAAUACCAAGGUUUACACACUCGGAAACACCUGCAAUCCUAAAUGCUGGUGGAGGAGGUGCACACUACAUCAUGUUAUUGUAAGCAGCAAACAAAUUAGGGCAGGAUGCAGUCUUCCAACCACCGACUGCGAGAUAUGGAGCAGCACCAUCCACUGCUUUCUGCCUCAGGUGAUGUUGAAGCUGGAGGUCUUGGGGCUGGUGUGAUGGUGGGCAGUUCCCAUGCUGGCCACACAGGGGGGAAUCGCACUCUGUGGUUCAUCCAAGAUGGCUGUGGAAUGGUGUGUGCAACCAUGACCUGGUUCCUGGUGCUAUAUGCUGAAUUUGUGGUGAACUUUGUGAUGCUGCUGCCUGCCAAGAGCUUCUGGUACUCACUGCUCAAUGGGGCUGCCUUCAACUCCCUGGCUGUUCUCGCACUGGCCUCACAUCUGCGCACAAUGUUGACCGACCCAGGGGCUGUUCCAAAAGGCAAUGCAACCAAGGAGUACAUGGAGAGCCUGCAGUUAAAGCCUGGGGAGGUCAUCUACAAGUGUCCAAAGUGCUGCAGCAUCAAACCUGAGCGAGCACACCAUUGCAGUAUUUGUAAAAGAUGCAUCAGAAAGAUGGAUCACCAUUGUCCGUGGGUCAAUAACUGUGUGGGAGAAAAGAAUCAAAGAUUUUUUGUUCUUUUCACAAUGUACAUAGCUCUGAUUUCUGCCCACGCGCUGGGACUGAGUGGAAUGCACUUUUUUACGUGUAUUAAAACCCAGUGGAAUGAAUGCAGUAACUUCUCUCCCGGCGUGUCCGUGCUGCUGCUCAUCUUCCUCUGUCUGGAAGCUAUCCUCUUCCUCACUUUCACAGCUGUAAUGUUUGGUACGCAGAUCCACUCCAUUUGCAAUGAUGAGACGGAGAUUGAACGUCUUAAAAAUGAGAAGCCCACCUGGGAGCGGCGGGUGAGGUGGGAUGGCAUGAAGGCGGUAUUUGGGAGCCCUCCAUCUCUUCUGUGGUGUAACCCAUUCACAGGGUUACGCCUGCGACGUUUGAUACUUCUGACCUAUAGUCGCCGCAGUGGAUCAGAAUUCUCUGUCUGAGGGAAAAACGACAUAGAUGCAGCCAGCACUUGGUCAUCCUUCUCUAAGACCAUUGGUGUCCUGUAGAUGUCCUGAGACGUGUGCUCUUAAAAUGUUCCAAAUCGGAUUCUUGUCCCAGAAGACGUGCUACUGUAGGGGUUUGUACACCCCCAACAAACCUUAUCAUGGUCAUACGAAUCCAGGAUCCCAAACAAAAGGUUGGACUUGUUAAUCACUGGAGCUUCUUGAUUUGUGUUUUCUAAUCAUGCAGUGCAUUCUCAAGUGCAUCUUAAUUUAUCAAUUGCCGUCCACGGUCAAGUUCACAAAUGUAUACAUCUUUUUACCAAGGGACCAGCAGUAUAUUGUUUUAUCUAUGGAUAAAAAGCUAAUAAAAAAGCUCACAAUCACAUAUCUACUGGACUCUGAUGAGCAGUUUUAGUUUGUUUGUGCUGUGAACAAAGGGAUGGCUCCAAAAUGCAUGUUGCCCUUCUUGGUCUCAAAUGAACUAUAAUACUCUGAGAUUUAGCAGAUUUAAGGCAAUGUGCCUCUUUUUCUGUAUUUGGGCAUCUAAUAUAUGUGUUCUUUGACAAAAGUAUGUGCCAGUCAAAAUAUAUAUUUUUUAUCAGCUCUUCAUGUUUCACUAUGGUCCCUCUCCUUCCAAAUAACCAACUGUCCAUCCACAUUUGGAUCCAAUGCUGUAAAAACAUGAUCAACCCAAGUUUCACUUUAUUUUCCGAGGAUGAAACACUCCUGUGUCAAACUGUUUCAAUCAUUCAAGUCUGAACUGGCUGCUAAGUAUGACAAGAUUGAAAGAAUGUUUAGAUGUAUUUUUUUUCUUAACUCUAUUAAAUUGUAAUUAUAUUAAAUUAAGUGUUUAUUUAACCGUCAAAUCAUCAUAAAUACGGAAAAGUAAAAAAUUGUUAGUUGAGUGCUAAAAUAUGGCUCUCUAUAAAACUACACUAAGUUAAACGAUCUCAGAGAGGCCUUUGUUUUACUUGCCUGUAGCAGUCACCAUGUUAAUAAACUGCUUAUCUUGCCUUUAAA